UUGAAGGAGAGUCGGGCUUCGACCAGAUAUGGGGUGUCGCUCUUGGAGCGAAGUCUCCGUAUGGGUCUGCGGUCUGUGCUGCUGGCUGAAGUGGUCGCCAUCAAUUUAAACCAGUGCGAACUCGGCGUGGCUUUAGACAUAAACAAAAGGGACAUCCCACUGCGAGUGACAAUGCUUCUCCAAAAUCGAGCCGUCUUUUCACUUGGCCGUCGCAUGUGCUCCACGCAUGUGACAACAGGACCGGUGUCAGAGGCAGCUAGACUCAGCUCAGACAUGUCUGAGUUCCGCAAAGCCUUUUCCAAAGCCAAACAUAUCGCAAUCAUCACGGGGGCGGGAGUUAGUGCUGAGAGCGGAGUCCCCACUUUCAGGGGGGAACACGAGAAGUGGAGGAAGUGGAAGUCUCAGGACCUUGCGACUCCUGAAGCCUUCUCUCGCAACCCAUCCCGAGUGUGGGAAUUCUACCAUUACAGAAGGGAGCUUGUGUUGAACAGGAGGCCCAGCCCCGUUCAUUUGGCCAUUGCGGAGUGCGAGGCCCAGCUGAAGAAGCAGGGCCGCUCUGUGGUGGUCAUCACGCAGUGCAUAGACGACCUGCACCGACAGGCCGGCUCCAAGCACGUGCUCAAGAUCCACGGCAGCCUGAUGGAGACACGCUGUGUGAGUUGUGGACAAGUGACCGUGAACAAGCGAAGCCCCAUCUGUCCGGCCCUAAAUGGCAAAGGGGCACCUGGACCCAAUGUCGCUGACGCCCUGAUUCCUGUCGAUAAGCUUCCGAGGUGUGACGAUAGAGACUGCCAUGGGUUGUUGAGGCCCAACACGGUGUUUUUUGGAGAGACUCUAGAUUCUCACAUCCUGACCAAGGUGGAAAAAGAAAUGGAAAUCUGUGAUCUUUGUCUGGUGGUGGGCACAUCAUCCAUCGUUUACCCUGCGGCCAUGUUUGGACCCCGAGUGGCAUCCAGAGGCGUUCCAGUGGCCGAGUUUAACACAAGCAUGACACCCAAAACAGAGUAUUUCACGUACCACUUCCAGGGGCCAUGUGGAACCACGCUGCCUCAAGCCUUGGCACAGCACGAAUCAGAGGUUUUAUAAGAGCCACCAGGUUCACUUUUAAGACAUCAGUCACUGGUUUCUUCUACAGUCGAAUGCAAAAAAACCCAACAGAUUUCAGAUUAUUCCAUGUCUUUGUCUGGAAAUCUGAUGAAAUGCCAGCGCUUGCUAGAGCGUAAAGGUUUUGCUAUAUUUCUCCUAAUACUUGAAAAACUGACUCACUAACUGGAAUCAGAAUGCGAUAGGGUUUUGGGGUUUACAUGUUUGCUGCUUUUACUUAAGCGGGAAAUAUGAGGCCUGAUAAAAGUAAGGGAAUGCACUACGCAUGUAGUUGUUUGUUGUAGGAAAAUAUGUUGCUUCAGAUUAAAAGCUGGUUGAGUUUUAGAUAUGCUCUAUAAAAUUUCUCCUGUAGAAGAGAACAGCAUAUAACAUCUGGUGCCAAUGGAUGGGGUUCACCUUUUCUCUUUCCACUCAAUGAACAUAUGUGCAGACAAAAUAUCGUGCCUUUUGGAACUGUUUACACAAUAAUGACCAAAUGCUUGCUCUAAACCUCAAGUGCAAAAAAAAAAAGGAAAAAAAAGUUAACAAUGUUACAGAGAUUUAGCGUUAAAGUAUUAAAGUUUGCUCAUGCGGUGGAGGAUACAUCACAAUUUACUUUCCAUGCAGUUUAUCUCUGUUUAGUAUCAGUCUUGUUACAAGUCAGUACUUUUUCAUGACACAUUUGAUACAUUUUUUAAAGAAUAUUUCUGUGUAGUUUUUUUUUCUAAAAACCAACGGCUGUGGCUGAAAGUUGUCUGAAAAGAUCGCUUCAGAACAUGGUUUUUAACAGCUGAGGAAAAAAAAAACACCUUAAUGUCAAACAAUAUGUAAGAUUUCUUAUUAUGUAUUCUAUUAAUUCUACCAAUGCAUUUAUUCAGAACAUAAUUAUAAAGCAAUAAAUGAUUACAUGCAGGU